CACGGACAUCGUCCCUCAGCAACAGCAAAGGGAUUAUCGCCGUAUAAUACCCUAGCUACACUUGUCUUUAUUCUCUUGUUACCUUGCUUUGUUUUCACCCCUUUCACGUUCUCCUAUGCCCUGCCGUUGAGCUGGUGACGUCUUCUAGCGAGGAUGGGUCCCCCUCAAGAUACGCUCCUCCGCUCUGCGGAUAUGAGCCUGACCCAACUGUACAUUGCGAAUGAAAUCGGGAGAGAGGUCGUCAGUGCUCUCGGCGAAGUAGGAUUGGUUCAGUUCAGAGAUCUUAACGCCGACACUACAGCUUUCCAAAGGACGUUCACCAGCGAAAUACGGCGUUUGGACAAUGUCGAGCGGCAACUCCGAUAUUUCCAUGCCCAAAUGGAAAAGGAGGGCAUUGAAAUGAGGCCAUCCUCAGAAUUUGCGAAUACUCUGGCUGCCCCGAUGGCAUCUGAAAUCGACGAACUCGCGCAACGAAGCGAAAGCCUGGAACAAAGGAUUUUUUCUCUGAACGAGAGUUAUGAGGUGCUGAAAAAGCGAGAAGUCGAACUGAUAGAGUGGCGGUGGGUUUUGAGAGAAGCUGGCAGUUUCUUUGAUAGGGCGCAUGGACACACCGACGAGAUUCGACAGUCACUAGACAAUGACGAAGCUCCGCUCCUGCGAGAUGUUGAACAUCAGCAUCCACCAAGACGGCAAGGUGAUGAUAUGCACCAUCAGCCCUCGUUCUCUGUCAUGGAUAUCGGUUUUGUCUCUGGUGUUAUCCCCCGCGAUCGAAUCGGUGCCUUCGAACGGAUCUUGUGGCGGGCCCUGCGUGGAAAUUUGUACAUGAAUCAAUCCGAAAUCCCACAACCGAUCAUCGAUCCAUCGAGUAACGAGGAGAUCCAGAAGAAUGUCUUCGUGAUUUUUGCUCACGGAAAGGAAAUCAUUGCAAAAAUCAGGAAAAUUGCUGAAUCACUCGGGGCAAGUCUUUACUCUGUCGAUGAGAACAGUGAGCUUCGAAGAGAUCAAAUUCAUGAAGUUAAUACUCGUCUGGGCGACGUCGAGAGUGUUUUGCGUAACACGAAAGUUACCCUAGAUGCCGAACUAUCCCAAAUUGCUCGUUCGCUAGCUGCCUGGAUGAUCAUUGUUAAAAAGGAGAAAGGAGUUUACCACACUCUGAACAAGUUUUCCUACGACCAGGCUAGGAAAACCCUGAUUGCAGAGGCAUGGUGCCCGACAAACUCCCUCCCACUUAUCAAAGCUACCUUGCAGGAUGUGAACGAUCGGGCGGGGCUCUCUGUUCCAACAAUCGUCAAUCAGAUCCGCACAAAUAAGACCCCUCCAACCUACAUCAAGACAAAUAAAUUCACAGAGGGAUUCCAAACCAUCAUUGAUGCCUAUGGAAUAUCUAAGUAUCGAGAAGUCAAUCCUGGCCUGCCAACUAUUAUCACCUUUCCAUUUUUGUUUGCGGUCAUGUUUGGUGACUGUGGCCAUGGACUGCUUAUGACAAUGGCGGCAGUCACUCUGAUUCUGUUCGAGAAAAAAUUGGCAAAAACAAAACUGGAUGAAAUCUCAAGUAUGGCUUUCUAUGGUCGAUAUAUUAUGCUUUUGAUGGGUAUCUUUUCCAUUUAUACCGGAUUGAUAUACAAUGAUAUGUUUUCGAGAUCAUUGGAGAUUCUCCCCAGCGCUUGGGAAUGGCCAGAGGUUACUCGGGAGGGUCAAUCUGUGACCGCAACACUUAAGGGGAGCUACAGAUAUCCGUUCGGGCUUGAUUGGGGUUGGCAUGCUGCUGACAACAACUUGCUUUUCUCUAACAGCUUCAAGAUGAAGCUGGCUAUUUUACUUGGUUGGAGUCACAUGACUUAUUCGUUGUGUUUGUCGUUUUUAAAUGGCCGACACUUCAAAAAGCCGAUCGAGAUUUGGGGAAACUUUGUCCCGGGGAUGAUCUUUUUCCAAUCGAUCUUUGGCUAUUUGGCUUUCACGAUUAUUUUUAAAUGGGUGGUUGACUGGCCGGCGCGAGGACAACAACCCCCUAGCUUGCUAAAUAUGCUUAUUUUCAUGUUUCUCCGCCCCGGCUCGGUGGAAGAACAACUUUAUAAGGGCCAGGGAGCGGUCCAAGUAAUCCUCGUACUCCUGGCAGUAAUUCAAGUUCCGAUACUCUUGUUUCUGAAACCGUUUUAUCUCCGCUGGGAGCACAAUCGCGCUCGUGCCCUUGGCUAUCGAGGUCUCGGUGAAAUCUCGAGAGUUAGUGCCUUGGAUGAAAACGAAGAGGACGGUCGAGGCUCUGCUCGCCAUAGCAUGACCAGUGAUGCAGACGGGAUCGGAAUGAUUACCCAGGAUAUGGGCGAGGAGGAGCAUGAAGAAUUCGACUUUGGGGAUGAAAUGAUUCAUCAGAUCAUUCACACCAUUGAAUUUUGUCUCAACUGUGUUUCUCAUACUGCAUCCUAUCUCCGAUUAUGGGCAUUAUCCCUUGCCCAUCAGCAGCUGUCCAUCGUGCUUUGGACGAUGACUCUCAACAACGCAUUCACUUCUGAGUCCAGUACCGUUCGAGUGAUUCUUACUAUUGUUACGUUUUAUAUGUGGUUCACCCUAACUGUUGCUGUGCUUUGUGUCAUGGAAGGAACUAGUGCGAUGUUGCAUUCCCUCAGGUUGCAUUGGGUCGAAGCGAUGAGCAAACAUUUCAUGGGUGAUGGAAUUCCUUUCACUCCCUUUAGUUUCAAGAUAUUGCUAGAAGAGGACCCUGUCGACUGAUUUGAUAUGUACUUUGUUUAUCUCUAUGGGACUGGUCCUUAUACCAUAGAGUUUCUUUUGGGACGCUCUCUUUUAUUCUAAACUUCUCUUUCGAGUAUUCUCAAGUUGUACUCUGGACU